AUGGUCGCUGGAUUCGCCCAGCAGGGAAAAUUCGAGCAAGCCAAAUCUUUCUUCGAUCGCAUGCCAGAGAGAAAUCUUGUGUCUUGGACUGCGAUCCUCUCCGCAAAUGCCCAAGCAGGCCGGCUGGAGGAAGCGAAGAGAGUCUUCUCCGAAAUGCCCGAGAGGAAUGUGGUGUCUUUCACGGCGAUGCUGGCAGGACUCGCCCGCCAAGGCGAGCUCGAGCAGGCCAGGAGCUUGUUCGAUCAGAUGCCGGAGCGAAACCUCGUUGCAUUUACUGCGAUGCUGGCCGCCUACGCUCAGCGCGGGCGCAUUGCAGAAUCGAGGCAGAUCUUCAACGCGAUGCCGCAGCGCGAUCUCGUGUCGUUUAACUGCAUCCUUUCGGGAUAUGCCCAGACUGGGGAUCUGGAGGAGGCGAAGCGUACCUUCUCGAGAAUGCCGCUGAUAGAUCUCGUCUCCUCCACGGCAAUGCUCACUGCGUACUCCCAUGCCGGGCAUGUAGAGCAGGCCAAGAUCGCAUUCGAAAAAAUGCCCCAGCAAAAUCUAGUGACCUGGAAUGCCAUGCUUGCAGCAUAUGCCCAGAACGGCCAUCUGGAGCUUAGCCAGAACAUCUUCGAUUCUAUGCCACAGCGCGAUGUUGUGUCAUGGAGCACGAUGCUAGUCGCAUAUGCACAGUGCCGGCGAAUCGACUGCGCGGAGGAAACCUUCCACUGCAUGCCGGAGCGCGACACCGUGACAAGAAACGCGAUGAUCACCGCAUUUGCCCAGAGCGGGCGCCUGGACCGCGCGGCGCUGCUCUUUGCUACGAUGCCGGAGCGCGGGAUCAUCUCCUGGAGCGCGAUGCUGGGGGCCUAUUCGGCCCAGGGCGGCGAGCACUUCGCCGAGGCGUGCGCCGUGUUCUACGAGAUGGGCGCGCUGGAAUCGCCCGACGAGACGUGCUACCUCUCGAUCCUCGUCGCUUGUAGCAGAAAGGGGAAGCUCUACGAUGGGCGAUCGCAUUUCGUGUCCAUGGGCUUGGAUCACGGGCUCCAACCAGGCAAGCAGCACUACUGCUGCAUGGUGGAUCUCCUGGGACGAGCCGGGUACCUGGAUCAAGCCAGAGAUCUCAUCGCGAGCAUGCCUUUUGUUCCAGAUAUCUUGGAGUGGACGUCGCUGCUAGGCGCUAGUCGGGGACACGAGAGCCUUCGCCAUGGCGAGAGCGCUGCCAGGAAGCUCCUGAGCUGCGGCGAUGGCGCGACCCAGGCCUACGUGCUGCUCUCCAGCCUCUACACCGAUGGAUCCUUCACCAAGUCUCAACGAUAUCCGAGGAUGAGCGAUACGAAAACUUUACUUCCAAGUUGA